CAAAAGGAGAAAAAAAGAAAAAAAAACGGAAAAUUCAGCUGCUGCUAAAACGCAACGAUAAUUAAUUUCCGGAAACUGAUAAUAGUCCCGUUGAAUAGAGAAGAUUUGCAGAAUUCAACUGUUUGGAAGUGUUUUACGUAAUAAUUUUCAACAAAGAUUUUUACUCGUUGAUCUGCGAAUGAGGACAGAUCUCUGUGUGUGACGUGUGCUUAAAAUAUAUAUAAAGGUAUCAGUGUCGAGGCUCAAGUGGUGAUGAUGAUGAUGGUAGUGGUGGUGGUGAUGGCGAUGGUUGUAAUGGAGGUGGUCACUCAGAAAAUUGUGUUCCAUUCACGCAACACGCGUAAUCAUUGCUUUUCAUAAAAUACAAGGCUACGAUCUUAACUUCAGUUUGCUCAAGUUCGUUGCUUGAAGCUAAUCUCGAAAAAUUAUUUUCCCCCAAAAAAAACAAACAAACAAAAAUAGUUUUUGAAAAAAGUUUACAAUUUUUUUUUGUUCCCAGAAUUUUUUUGAAUUCUGUUUCACUUUCCAUUCACGACAAUGUUUACAUCGAACCGAAAAACUGUAAAGGAUUUAAAUUCGUGUUUUUUAUAAUUUAUAAUUAUUAUUUCAUUAAUAAUUAUUAAUUUAUAAUUAAUCCCAUCGUCAACUAAAAACAAAAGGAAAAAUCAUGAACGAAGUUGUUCUACGUGACUUACAAUCGGUUCUCCGACAGGAGCUCGGCGAUGAUUUAAUUGUCGUAAAUUUCACCACCGAACUAUUAUUGCCACCUGGUGAAAAUUAUGGCAGUACAAUGCUCUCAGUUGUCGCCGAAAUAAAAAAACAUGCAAAUACAAAUAACAUUGAGACUUUAAAUUUAGUGGCAAAAAUGUUGCCGCCAACUGAUUUUCAACGUGAAAUAUUCGACAGUGGCUUUACAUUUCGUAAGGAGUGCUUUUUGUACACGGACAUUUUGCCACGUUAUAAAAAACUCGAAAUUGAAUUUGGCGUCAAGGAAAGUGAAAUUUUUGAUAUUGGCGCAAAAUUUUACGGUGCAAAAAUUUCAUCGAGUCCCGAUAUUGAUUUCGAUGAUGACGCUGUUAUUUUAUUGGAAAAUUUGAAAGUUCGUGGUUAUUACACCGGUGACAGAAAAACAGGACUCGAUUUGGAGCACUCGCGAAUGGCCAUCAAAUCAAUGGCAAAAUUCCAUGCACUCGGAAUGGCAGUGAAAUACAAAUAUCCCGAGGAAUUUGAAAAUUUAAAAGAACGAUGUAAAUGUUUAAAAUUAAAUCCCGAGGCAUUUGAGGGCAUGAAAGAUUCCUUCUUGGAUAUAAUUCGUGGUGAUUCAGUGAUGGGCAAAUAUAUCGAUAAAAUAACUCCACUUCUCGAUGAGAACACUGAUAAUUGGACUGGUACACCCGAGGAGCCAUGGGCAACAAUAAUUCACGCCGAUUUUUGGGUUAAUAAUAUGAUGUUCCACAAGAAUUCUCACAAGGAAGUUGACGAUGUGAAAUUUGUUGAUUUUCAAAAUUAUCUCUUUCAAAAUCCCCUCAAUGAAUUGAUAUUCUUCAUUGGCGCCAGUAUUCAAACUGAUUUAAUUCUCGAUAAUUUAGACGAUAUUCUCAAUUUGUAUUAUGAUAGUUUCAUUAAAGUUAUGAUGAAAAUGGAUUGUGAUACGAGUCAAUUUACACGUGCAAAUUUUCAUGAGAGAAUUAAUAAAGGUGCGCACACGGAAUUCAGUCAUUGUGCGUUUAUUUUGAAAAUUUUGACUAUUGACAUUGAAACCGAUGGCGUUGAGGCGACAAAACUCGAUUCUUUGGAAUUUGGCACGGCGAAUAAGCGAUUUUUCGAUAGAAUGCGACAACUGCUUUUGAUUUUCAUCGAACGGGACUGGAUCUGA